AUGCUGGCCACUUGUAUCACCCUCGUCCCACUCCUUUUGACCCAAUCCACUGACGGAGCUCCUAUUGUUGGCUCGUAUACUGACUGGAACUCGGUUGGAUGCUACGAAGACAUUGUCACUGCUAGAGCCCUCCCGCACGUGGAGCAAAUCUCGGGCGAAAUGGCCGUCGAGAAAUGUCUGGAUGCUUGUCACGCCAGCGGAUACGCGUACGCUGGACUCGAGUGGGGUCAGGGGCCCUUCUGUGGUCCUUCUCUUCCGCCUACCCAAGUUACGGAUGGUCGUUGCAACAUGCCUUGUCAGGGAGAUACAACCGAAAUAUGUGGAGGCUCUCUUGGUCUCUCAGUUUAUCGGUAUACCUCGUCCAACCUCACAAAUUACAAGACGUGGUCAUACGACAACUGCUACGUUGACUCGAUUUGGAACAGGGUUCUCCCUAAUAGCAAGUUUGUCUCUGGUCCGAUGACGAUCGAAAAGUGCCUCGAUGCGUGCGACGCUGCCGGAUACACCUACGCUGGCCUCAAGUACGGAGGCGACGAGUUCUGCGGCGGAAGCAAUGGCCUGAGUGUUUACCACUCUACGGGAGCUCCUCAGCCAAUCGAUGAGUAUAAUGGAUCGACGUUUUCUGGAUGCUACAAGGACUCUACUCGGAACCGAGUUCCUCAACAUCGUGCCGCCCCCGAGCACGAUUACGAUCAAACGAUUGAGAUUUGUACCGACGCUUGCAACGCGCUUGGAUACGCAUUUGCUGGUGUUGAGUAUGCCUCCGAGUGCUGGUGCGGAGACGCCAGGCCUGCAGAACUUGCGACGGAUGGCAGGUGCAAUAUGCGAUGCGUAGGUAACCACCAGGAACGCUGUGGAGGCCCAGACGGUAUCGGCGUCUACGAAAGUCAUCCUCAGACCACCACCUCCACAUCGACCUCGACUUCGACGAGCUCUACGUCGACAGAUACUAAUACAUCGACAUCUACAAGUUCCACGACGACAGAAACGACGGGAACUUCAAUUCCACCCUCCAUCGGGCAUGCCGGAGGCGUAGUUCUGGAGAGUAAAUGA